AUGGCAGCGAGGUCCGGAUACAGCGGCACAUUCUUCGUCCUCGACGUCUCCCCGUCUAUGGGCGAGCUCAAGGCUGAUCCUAUCGGGAGCGGCAAGGUCCCCAAACUGACUCUUGCCAAAGAGUAUAUCGCUCGGAGAUGGCAAGAAAAGGUUUUGAGCAAAAGAAAGACGGAGCUUGUUGGACUUGUAACUUGUGGCGGACGUACAUAUAACGAGAAGAACGCCUUCGAAGGUGUUGCCUGUGAAGUGGCCUGUCAGACCGCCAAGCCAAAAUGUCUGGAGGUGUUGAUGAACCUUGACGUUGGUGAUCAUGAGGGCAAUCGCGAAUCCAGCUUUGACCAUGAUCUGUACGACUCGGCUGUUGAAAAUGCCAAGCUCCUGGACAUCAAAUUGACCAUCGUCGGUGUCGACUUUGACGUGCCCCCCGCAAAGGUGGACAAAUCCAAGUCCCGGAACAAGAGACUGUCCGAAAAGGUCUGGCGCAUGUUUGUCGAUAGCCUACAAGAAACCCACUCCAAGAAGGGUAUCACCGACCUCUACCCCUCUAUCCACUCACUCGACGACGCUCUCGACGACGCACGCCGCCCUCAUCCCCAAUUGACUGCAGGUUCAGCACUCGGUCUGGACAUAUACAUUGGCGACCAAGAUAUCGACCCUGCGCAAGCCAUCAUCAUUCCCGUCAAGACGACGAAAGCGACCGCCAAGGCGACUGCCCCGAAAUUUUCGAAAGCGUGGAAGCCAGCGAUGGAUUUGCAAGCUCCUCUGCGGGCAAAGGAUACGCCGAAAUUGUCCAAUAAUAGGCUGUUUGCGGGGAUCAUUGCGAAAGCUGAGGAGGAGGGGAGGCAGCCGCCGAGCUUUGAAGAGAUGUCGGGUAUGGUCUCUUCUACCAUCAGUCGACAUACUACUUAUCUCCUCAAAAAGGAGGAGAAAGACCCCAAUCAGACUCAAACGUUGGAUGUUGAUCAGGAGGAGGAGGAAGAGGAAGAAGAGGAAGAGUACGUGCCGGAGGAGGAGAUUAGUCAGGCGUGGAAAUUCGGGUCGACAUGGAUCCCGACUUCGAAAGGAGACAUUAUGCCUCUUGCCGUCAAAAAGGGCAUAUAUGUCCUCGGUUUCGUCCCCACUGCCAACAUCAAACAACAAGACCUCAUGAAUGAAGUCAAAUACAUCUGGCCAGAGAUCACCAAGCCCAAAGCGCAAAUCCAAUUCUCCGCCCUGGUCGAAGCGUUGGUUGAAAGGAAGAGCUGUGCGAUUGUGAGGUGGGUGAAUGGAGACAAGAGUGAGCCGAUGAUUGGGGCGGCGUGGCCUAAGUCGGCAUAUACUCUGGGGAAAUGUUUGCUCAUCGCCGCGCAGCUGCCUUUCGCAGAGGACGUGCAUAUCUUCGGCUUUCCGUCCCUCACCACCUACAAGACGAGUCAGGGCAAAGUGAUUGAAAAGCACCCGCUCUUACCCACAGAAGAGCAGUGUGAUUUGAUGGACGAGUUGGUGAAGGGAAUGGACCUUGAUGACAUAAUCUUUGAAUGGGAUGAGGAGUCGCUGACGAUACAAAGGGCGCCCACUUGGUUCAACCCAGAGGAAGCGGUCAACCCGAGCAUCCACCGUGUCAAUGAAGCCAUCUUUCACGCCUCUCUGACCGCCGACCUCGACCAAGACCCCCUGGGCGCACCUCAUCCCGAAAUCGUCAAGUACUUUAAUACCCCAGCCGAAGUGGGAAAGAAGGUGGAAGACGUGACGGAAAGGUUGAAAGAGCUAUUGGCUAUUCGAAAGGUGCCGCCAAAGAUGAAGAAGAAGAAGAACCAGAAGCAGGAGCUGGGCGAGGGUGAGGGAUACAUUGACGACGACGCCCUUCUGGAGAAUGGCGAGCAAGCUGGAGCGACUACCAAGCCUGAACCGAUCUCUCAGCCCAAGGCUGAUUCCCAACCUGGGGCGCAAACUGCUUCUCAGCCAAAACCUACAGUGCCGACUUCCGAGCCGACUCUUCAAGGCAAAUCAAAGCCGGGAAGGAUCAUCAGCAAUGGAUCGCCAAUAGCCGAUUUCAGGCGCGUGAUCAAGGAAGGUGAUGUGUUUCGGAAGGCGAUCCAGGACAUGGGCGAGGUGGUCCGGGAGAAUGUGGCAGCGAGUUUCUCGAGACAGGCUUUUCCCGUGGCGAUCGAGUGUUUGGCGUUGAUGAGGGAGACGGCGCUGGGAUAUGAGGAGGUGGAGACGUAUAAUGAAUAUGUCGAGUCUCUGGAAAAGGUCGUCAAGGGGGCAGGGUUCAAGCAUCCAAACUUUUGGCAAGAGUUUGAAAAGGCCGGCCAGAGUGUAAGCAAGAUAUCGGAAGAAGAGGCAGAAGCCGCUCUGAACGGCGAAGAUUGA